AUGGGCAUCUCCAGCAUGCCGGCGCCCAAGGAGAGCCUCCUGAUCUACCUGCUCUACCACGCCGUCGUCUCGAUCGCCGCCCUGGCGGGCCUCCUCCGCGCCGCGCUCGUCUUCCUCGGCCUCCCCGCGCCGCCCUCGCUGCUGGCCGGCGAGGACGCCGACGGCGCCGACCAGCUCACGGCGGCCACCCCGGCGGGCCCCAGCCUGGCGGAGCGGUUCAGGAGCAGGUUCCGCCCCGCGCGGUUCGGCCGGAGAAGGGGCGCGGCGGCGUCGGCGACACCCGACUGCCGCGUCUGCCUGGUGCGGUUCGAGGCCGACGCCGUGGUGAACCGCCUCCCCUGCGGCCACCUCUUCCACCGCGCCUGCCUCGAGACCUGGCUGGACUACGACCACGCCACCUGCCCGCUCUGCCGCUCCCGCCUCCUCCCGGCCGCCGCCUCCGCCGCCGACGAGUCGUGGUCGCCGCCGGCGCCCACCCUGACGGCCUGGAUUUAGAGAAGACGAGCGAAGAGACGAGAAGAGAGAGAUUCGCCCCGUCGCGUCGCCCCCGGCUAUGUGCUAGCUCCGUGUGUGGCCUCUCCGUGUGCGCGUAGGAAUUUAGAUGGAUCCUAGCAGGCAGAGGGCUCUUGUGCCCCUCGCCUUUCGCAUUUGCCUUUUGGUUUCGUUUUAUGUACGCCUCGUGCCAUCGCUGUACCGUGUAAAUAUUUUUCAGCAGAGAGCGCUCCCACCGGGUGUAGCGCUUUGUGUGAUGAGAAAUCCGUGUACGGCCCUUGGCUUUUUUUACGAGAAACGGAAAAUUGAUGGAA